AUGCCUCGUCGUCCAUCAAAGCAUCGGCGAAACACGCUUGAGCAAGGCCUUCAGCGCCAAAGUGAGGCCCAGGGCCAGGAGGGGGCACAGGUUGUCGUGCCUGAGGAGGAGGUCUCCUCCUCCUCCUCCACCUGCUCCCCCUCUUUCCCCUUGUCCUCUCCCUCCUCCUCCUGCUAUCCUCUGAUCUCAGGCACCCCAGAGGAGGUUUCUGCUAUUAGCACAACCAGUCCUUCCCAUAGUCCCCAGAUACCCUGCUCCCCCUCUGCUGCCGUUUCAGCCAAUCUGUCCAGCAACUCAGCUGAGGGCUCCAGCAGCCCCAAGGAGGGUCCCAGCAUUUCACAGGGCCCGCCAUAUGCUGAGGCCUUGCUCAGAGAUGCACUAGAUGAUCAGGUGGCUGAUUUGGUGCAGUUCCUGCUCCUCAAGUAUCAAACGAAAGAGCUCUUCACAAGGGCGGAAAUGCUGGCCCUUGUCAUGAAAGAGUACCAGGAGCACUUCCCUGUGAUAUUCAGGAAGGCCUCAGAAUGCGUGCAGUUGGUCUUUGGUGUUGACGUGAAGGAAGUGGACCCUAUCGGCCACUCCUAUGUCCUUGUCAACACUCUAGGCCUCACAUUAGGUGCAACGUUGAAUGAUGAUCAGGGUCUGCCGAAGAUGGGCCUUCUGAUAUUUGUCCUGAGCAUAAUCUUCCUUGAGGGCCACUCUGCCCAUGAGCAGAAGAUCUGGAAAACUCUGAGUGUAAUUGGCAUAUAUGCUGGGGAGGAGCACUUAAUUUAUGGGGAGCCCCGAAAGCUCAUCACCAGUGACUGGGUGCAGGAGAAGUACCUGGAGUACCGGCAGGUGCCCAACAGUGAUCCUGCCCGCUAUGAAUUCCUGUGGGGUCCUAGGGCCUAUGCUGAAACCAGCAAG